AGAAUUUUGAUUAAUAAAAAUAAUGAGCAAUUUCAUACCUGAGACCAAGACCUUUGGUAAAUUUGAUCCUCUGUUUACUAAUAAGUAUGAUAAGGUUGGCCCAGAAUUCGGACAAUUACAAUAAUAGAAAAGUGAUUUCUUGGCUGCUAAUGUUGGGAAGUUUGAAGUACAACCUGAGAUCCCUUAAAAUAUUGAAGGAUUGGUAUUGAGGACUGCUAGAACAUAAAGAACUCCAGCAACAAUGGCUUGGUUUAGAAGAACAACCUCAUUCGAAAGAAAUGGAAUAUUCAAUAUUCAUACUCCAGUAAUGAAUACUAGAAUCUUGCCUUGGGUUUUCUUCAUUUUCAUUGCUUAUGGCUGGUAAGGAUAUUAGAUUUCCUCAUGGAACACUGUAGUAAAGAAAGAUUCUAAUGAGCCUCGUAACACUCCUUAUGAUAAAUUGUCAUUAAGAGAAUUACCACCUGCUAAGAAUUGGGCUAGACCAGGUUGAGUAGGCUACGUGAAUAAUUAUAAUAUAUUAAAUCAAAACAAAAUAUUAAAAUAAACACAGUUUAUUAA